AUGUCCUUAAGCGAUCUCGCUCGACGCGAUGCUCGCUAUGAGAAACGAGGGACCAUCGAUUAUCCUCAAUUGAGAGUUAUUAAAGACAACACACCGAGGUGCACUUGUCGACGUCGCCAAAGUCUCCUUACGGUAAAUAUCACCCUCGAAGGCCAUUUAUCAGCGGCACUAAAAGGAGACUUGUUAGCACUCGGAGAAUCGGCAUGUCACGGCCGCUGGACUAAAAAAUAAGCCUGGCUUGAAUACACCUCGACUUCGUAAAUCAUCCAGGGGAAAGUUGCGCCGAUCGAGCGAGGAAGAUAAGUCCCAUCCGCUAUGAGAUAGAAAUUUUGCAAGUCUUUCACCUGGUCGGACCUUUUUUUCUCUUACUCAGAUAAGCCUCUCGAGAAACUUGAAUUUUUUCACAGCGAACCUCCUUUCAGGUUGGCCUUUCCCAGGUCGGCAGGUGUUCUCUACUUGUUGCACCUGCAACCGAGGGGCAUUCGCUAAGAAAAUCAUGGAUGGUUUGCAGUUUGAAGAAUCUCCCUCGAUCCGAUAUGAAGACCCGGGGCAUCGGAACGUGGGCACGUUCGCACAACGCGCGUAAUAAAUACCAGGCCACCGGCGUAAUAAGUCGGCUGGAAUUUCUUGAUUGAGUCUUCGAAAGAGGCACGCGUCCCUAAGAAUGCAAUAUCACCGAGGGUGCCCCCGGUAUUCCGAUAUUACCUGUACGGCCUCAUUGCGUCCAGUCCGAUCGAUUUGCGAAUCUUGUGGAAGCUGUCUAAGUCUUGAAAAGUCCGCCAGGGUGUCGUCCAAUCGCGUCCCUUUUCGCAUGCGUAUAAUGUCCUUGUCGCUGUACGCAUGCACGCGGCGCCGCGGCGCUAAAACCCCCUUAAGAUAAAUAUCCUUCCGGCGUCGACGGCAUCCUGGAUGCGAUGGACCAGUCGGUACGUAUGGGGCCGAAUUGACUUUGGCAUUCUGAAUUUCCUCAACGUCCCGUGGAUAUUUUUAAUUUUACAAAUCGUCGAUCGAGUCCAUCGGGAGCGACGAUGAAGACGCUGGCGUUGCUCGUCCUCGUAGAAGUCGCUUUGUCGCUUCCUCGGUCCAGCUCGCCGAUCGACGUCGACGAUGUCGGCAAGGUGGACCGCAACCUGGUGCAUUCGGUUCCCCUGGGUUCCUUUUCGACCUUUCAUUGGAGCAUCGACUGGAUGAAGGAAGUGAUGAUCGCGGAGGUGCACUAUGCCGGGGAGGAAAACUCAUGGUUUGCCUUGGGCUUUUCGAAUUAUGGCGAACUAUAUCCGGCAGACUAUUGCGUCCUUUGGCACGAUUGGCAUCGACAGGUCCAACUUCAGGAUGCGUGGGCGGACGAUCAUGGGAAGCUGAACCUGGACCCCCAACAGGAUUGCCAUGAUUUCGCCUGGAAACGACGGGGAAACAUCACCAAGUUCACCUUCUCCAGGAAAUUCGAUACCUGCGACGAGCACGAUUACGUUAUGGAGGUACACCGAUUAUUCAAAAUUAAGAGAGGAACCACCCACGUGGUCUGGCUAAGAGGCCGCGGGCCGCUUUCUUCCUUGGCCGGGUUGCAAGUCUUGGAUGCAAAGACAUCCGGCAUGUCCAGAACCGAAUUACUGAGGGUCUCCCAUCCAAAGCCGAUAUUUCCUCGAGACACCUGGAAGCUGGAGCUGCUCGCAAAUCGAGUCAAGGUACCCGACAAAGAGACGACCUACUGGUGCCACGUCCACAAGUUGCCAUCCUCCCUGAAAGAAAAGCAUCACGUACUCCAGUUUGGGCCUGCGGUGCAGAAGGGCAACGAGCAUCUCGUUCAUCAUAUGGAAAUUUUCCAUUGUGUCAGUCCGACUGAGUUGGAAAUUCCUGCAUACAGCGGACCGUGCGAUAGUCCUGAUAGGCCUGAGAAAACACAGGUAUGUAAAAAGGUCCUGGCAGCAUGGGCAAUGGGAGCGGACGCAUUCGUAUACCCUGAAGAGGCGGGACUGCCGAUCGGGGGUGGAAACUUCAAUCGCUACGUGAUGCUUGAAGUGCACUACAACAAUCCGGAACUCUCGGGAGGCCACGUGGACUCAUCAGGGAUGCGAUUCUUCCUCACGAAGAAUUUGCGAAAGUACGACGCGGGCAUAAUCGAGCUGGGCCUCGAGUACACCGACAAAAUGGCCAUUCCACCGAAACAGGAAUCUUUUACGUUGACUGGACAUUGCAUUACCGAGUGCACGGGAGUCGGCCUGCCGCAGAGUGGCAUCCGCGUUUUCGGCUCCCAACUGCACACGCACCUGACGGGAAGAAAAGUGAUAACGCGGCACAUCAGAGACGGGGAAGAAUUGCCGGCCCUCAAUUACGACAACCACUACUCGACGCACUUCCAGGAGAUCAGGUUGUUGCCGAAGCCGGUGGUGAUCCUGCCCGGCGAUUCCUUGAUUACGACCUGCACAUACCGGACACUGGAAAAGGAGAACAUCACUUUGGGAGGAUUCGCGAUAUCCGACGAGAUGUGCGUCAACUACAUACACUAUUUCCCGAGCGCUCGGCUGGAAGUUUGCAAGAGCGCGAUAAGCGACGACGCCCUGAGGACGUACUUCCGUUACCUGCGCGAUUGGGAAAAUCAGAAGACGGGCAAUCGGCACGAUAUAUCCGCUAAUUACAAGAGCAUCGAGUGGACCAAAGUUCGAGUAAUGGCUUUGCACGACUUGUACGAAGCCGCGCCAUUGGGGAUGCAGUGCAAUGGAUCUGACGGAUCCAGAUUGCCCGGUCUCUGGGACAAUAUCUCGGCGACGCCCGUCAGGUUGCCUCUGCCACCUCCUGCUCGUAGCUGCGCAAGGACGAGUCCUCUGGAACGUUGAUAAGAUACCUCAGUCGAAUCUCGU